AUGGUCCCAAUUAUGGGGUCGAAAAGAUCUCUUGGUGUGCUCUCCUCAUUCCAGAUUCCUCCAAAGAGCACUGUGCAAAAACUUGCAAAAGAACUAUUAGCAUAUGCAAGUACAGAUCUGGAAAGAGUCCGAGCAAUCUGGAUCUGGAUUUGUUGUCACAUCGGUAAAUUUUCAGUUGAUGAGGAGAAAAUCAGGAACUUCACUGCACAGUGCCAGUUUGACGAGGGAAAGCCUUGUGAUCACAGAAACAAAUAUGACGUGAAGGGAUUUCACAACAAGGACACAAAGCACAAUGGCCCUACUGAUGUAUUGAAGUCUGGAAAAGCAGUGUGUGCUGGAUAUUCAGGUCUCUUUUGUGAAAUGUGCAGUCUUGCAGGUGUACAGUGUACUAUAAUUGAAGGAUACUCUAAAGGCUACAACUAUGAUGUUGGGAAGAAGUUCACUGGAGAAGCUGAUCAUGCAUGGAAUGCUGUGUUUUUGGAUGGGAAGUGGCAUCUUCUGGACAGUACAUGGGGAGCAGGCCAUGUUAAUGAUACCUGCAGCAAGUUUACUUUCAAGUAUGUUGAAUUUUAUUUCUUAACUCAUCCUACCCUCUUCAUCAAUAAUCAUUUCCCCAACGAUGAAAAGUGGCAGCUCAUUUCUCCAAAGAUUCCCCUCAAAAUAUUUGAAAAUAUGGUCUUUAGGACAGGAGAAUUUUAUGAUAUUGGUUUGACAUACAUCCAUCCAGAAGUACAAGUGGUGUCCACUGUGAAUGGAAGAGUUAUCAUCAAUGUGGAAGGACUGUAUCCAACGUACUUCAUUUUCAAUCUGGAUGGGAAAAAAGACUGUGGCAUCCUAACCAUAACUAAGUAUGGCAUGAAGCUUGAGGUUCUGCCACAAAAAGCUGGAGAAUUCAGAUUAAAGAUCUAUGCCAAACUAUUUGAUUCUAAAGAGGAAACUUAUUCCUUUAUAUGUGGAUAUUUGGUUAAAUGUGAUUUUAUUGAAGAAAACUUCAAGCUGCCAAAGGUAUUUCACAAUCCUUUAGGACCCAGCUGGAUUACUGAGAACAAGGGUCUUUUGAAACCUUCACACCCCGAACCCAUUAUUUAUUGUGAUGAUGGCAAUUGUAGUAUAAGGUUCAUGCUGAACAGAGAUCUCUCAUUCACCAGCAAGCUGUCAUGUGAUGAAGUCAAAUUGUCAGAGGAGGUCAUGAGAAAUCACGUCUUCAAAACUCAUCAUGGUAACUGGGUCGAAUUCCAGAUCCACCUCCCUGCAGCCGGUCUUUAUGUUUUCACCAUAUUUUCCAAGGACAAGGCAAAACGCAGUCCAAUACAUGACCAUGUGUGUGAAUACUUCAUUUUCUGUCGUGAUCAGAACGUCCACUGGCCAAGUUUCCCUAAAGUUUUCAGCUCUUGGACUGACGGAUGUGAAUUAAUUGAGCCGCUCUCUGGAAUUCUGCCGCGCAACGAGAUGGUGACAUUCAAGCUUAAAAUCCCCCAUGUGAGAAAGGUCCAGGUUUAUGGCAAAUCUCCCUGUCCCUUGACCAUGAGCAAUGACGGCUACUGGGAAGGAAGGUGUUACACACAAGACUCCAAGUUCCUCAGUGUUGGAGUUUCAGACAAAAUGUUUGACACAAAAUUUACAUUUGCCCUUCAAUAUGAGAUAGAAGGCUCAUAG